AUAUUGACAGGAACUCUCGAGGCUGUCGAGGUAAAUCAAGAGUGUAUGAGCUAUCUUCCUCGGUACUGAUUAGUGUUGGCUUUAGCAUUUUGGUCAGCUUGACUACAUCGCUCAUGUCUCAAAUCGAUCGCCACCAUGUCUGAUAAAAAACCAUCCCCAACUCCAAUCUCUCCCUCGAUAGUAUCCUCAUCUGCUCCUAAAUCUUGCGAGGAAUCGAUCGACUCGGCAUCCCUUACCUCUCCUCAAAUCGACAAGGACCAACUUGCCCAGGCUCUUGAUAAAAUACAUACCUCCGCUAAGGAAAAAGAUGUCCUAACUACCUUUAACGACUUUGCGCCACCGCCAGAAUCUAUAGCUCCCACGGAAAACAAAGGAAUUGGGAGCGACCUUGUGCAAAAUGGCUUGAGCGGGCUCUAUUCUCGAUUUAAAGAGGCUGUUGGGGUUAGUGGGAAGGACAAAUCAGUGGUGAAUACAGGUACCAAAGAGAACUCCGAAUCGAUCGAUGGGGAUACCGCAUCGAAGAAGAGCUCGAGUACUAGCACCACAGGCCCGAAGCCUUCUACCUCUUUGCCGAGAGUUGAUACGGGCGCUACGAGUUUAACUUUCAAUUCAUCCCAGUCUGAGCCGAUGAACUCUAAUAUUGCUUCUUCAAGUGCAGCUCCGACUAGCGAAAGUCAAUCCCAGCAACCCCAGUCGACGAUGACUUCAUCUGUUACUAAUCUCAGUGGGGUUACGAUUUCAAAAUCCGCCUCAUUAAGUCGUCAAAACAUACCAAAUACGACAAAAGCGACAGCCUCCGUAGCGCCCGUACAUGUCAGCGCUUUCAAGGACGGUACCCGGGGUGCGUCGGCCAAGACUGAAGAUGGCGCAAGUAAAGGAGGCGGAAGAAGGAGUAUUAGCAGGUCAAACGAUGGGCAACAUAAUCCGGUCCCGGAGUUAUCGUCGAUAUAUGAUGCAUCCGAAAAUAAGCGUGCCUCUAACCCGGACAAGAUUGCAAUCCCUAGUCAUUCGAGGCGAGAGGAUGGAUUAAUUGUAGAUGGGCAUACCGAUUCUGCUACUAGUCCUAUAAAGAGAUCUAAUGUUGUGUCGCCUAUUUCUACGGCUCCUAAUCCGACUUCAUCGGACUCUUCCAUACAACCCCAGCCUGAUUUGCUUUCCCCUAGAGAUGCUAUCAGAAGACCCGCUCUAAUUGACCGGAUCACCCAUUCUAGAACUUCUGGCGAUCUUUCUAGGUCCUCUUCCUUAUCUAGAGGUACGACGGAACAUAGCCCCGUUAACACAUCUGCUCAUAACAGUGUUCAUCAUGGGUCAUUUGGACAAAUCCCCUCAACUCAACGGAUACGAUCCGGUGAGUACAGGAUUCCGGGCACGACUACUGAUGAGGGCGCUCCGGAAAUGGUCAACGCGCAAUUAGCUUCCAUGCGAAAACAAGUCUUAAGUAAAGACUUCUGGAUGGCAGAUGAGACUUGCAAGGAAUGCUUUCUAUGUGGUGCUCUGUUUACCGCUUUUCGCCGCAAACAUCAUUGUCGAACGUGCGGCUGCAUUUUUGAUAGCGGAUGUACGUCUAUAAUAUCUGGCCAGCGGUUUGGGGUUCAGGGGACACUCCGUGUAUGUACGCCUUGUCUGGGUAUCAUCCUCCAAAGACAAGAUGGCGCUGCGUCUGACGAUUCGGCCGACGAUUCAUUUCUCCCAGCAAUAUUCCGUGGUAGUCAAUCUAAGCGAGGGUAUUCGCCAUUCUCAAAAGCCGAUCGAGAUGAUGCUAGUAUCUCUGAGAGAACAGACGACCUUGACGAUGACAAGAGAUCAUUACCAAGUUCGUCUAGGUCUUUGAAGUCUAAUACCUCAGGCAGACCACAGUCUUCUAGCCAUAGACGCCACCAUUCGAAGCAUACUCUAUGGAAUCGCCUUAAACCAUCUCCAGAGCAAAGAGCACCGUUCCGAAAAUCCGCAACGGAAGAAGCAAGUAAAAAACCCGGACUGCAUGCUUUCCAUGACGACAAUGUUAUCGAUCCAGAUUUAGCGCCUUUCAUGUCGGACGAAUCUAGUGACGAUGAACAGAUGAGUAUUGCGGGGGCUAUGGCUGGAUCCGAAUUUCACGCGUCACCCGCAACGGAUUCUGAGAGGUCAAGUUUAGCGUACCUUAAUGCCGGGAGGAAACUUAGAAACCGAGCGCAAACGGACAAAAGCAUCAGUGGCGUAAGUUUUACUAGCCGUGGCCUGGACGAUUUUCAUCCAAGAUCCUCCAGACGACGAAACAUGAGUAUUGCUAGUGGGCAGCACGUUCGCUCUCCUCGACCUAAAUCGGCCGUGAUAAGGGGCCCGACUGGAUCAAAUGAGACACUUCCAUUAUUUGAUAGUCCAGGAGGGUCACCGCUACCACGCCCCACUCGGAGUUCUUCUAUGAAAGGAGAUAAAGAACCUCGAUUGGAACUUAACCCGGCGAGCUUGUUACACGUCCGGAAGCUCCUGCGACAAUUGCUUGAAGAUUCCAAGGUGCCAAACGUAAGCGCCUGGGAGAAGGCAUUAAUACCAAUCCUUUUAAAAUGUGCUUCAUCCGUUGAUCCUGAUAUCGAUAGAGGAGACGACAUCGAUAUUCGGCACUACGUCAAACUCAAGAAGAUUCCGGGAGGUAGGCCAAGUGAUACUUGCUAUGUCUCAGGCGUGAUAUUUACAAAGAAACUGGCCUUGAAGAGCAUGCCACGCCGCAUGCCUUGCCCUCGUGUUGUUAUUGUGUCUUUUCCGAUCGAAUACCAACGACAUCAACAACAAUUCAUGAGCCUCCAACCUGUUAUCGAACAGGAGAGAGAGUUUCUAAAACAGUUAGUGAAUAGGAUUAUAGCCCUCCGCCCUCAGUUGUUAUUAGCCGAGAAGAGCGUCUCAGGUCUUGCGUUACAAUUUCUUUGGGACGCGAAGAUCUCUGUUGCUUACAACGUGAAACCUUCUGUACUCUCAGCUGUUUCAAGAUGCCUAGAGACAGAGAUUAUCUCUUCUGUAGAUAUGUUGGCGCUUCCUCCGCAUCAGUUCCAGACAGGAAAGAGUUCGGGUUACGAGGUGAAAACGUUCGUCAAUGAGGAUAUUCCAGGUCGAAAGAAGACGUACAUCUUCUUGUCUAGCUUCCUAGAAGAUCUCGGUUGUACCAUUGCUCUCAGAGGUGCAUCUACGCCUAUUCUUGCGAAGCUCAAACACAUAACUGAGUUCAUGGUAUAUGUAGUGUAUAACCUCAAACUCGAGUCGUGUCUAUUGCGGGAUUUAUUAAUUCAGCUUCCUACCGAAGAAGAUAUAUCGAGAGGUUCCACUCAAACUACUGAUGGCAGUCAACCCUCAGUAGGUACUAAGGCCACAAUAGAUGAUGAUGCACAGAAAAAUAUGACUCAAGAUGAGAUGCCAUUAAGCCAAGAAGAUCAUUCUUCCGGGAAGGCAGUUGAAGCAUCGCCGGACAGCAAUAUACCACAAGAUCAACUUCUAUCAACCCAACCAGCCAGCGAGUUAAUUCCGAUCCAUGAAACACACUCUCGGGCACCUCACGACAGUUCUGUUCCGGAAGAUGUUCCUAUGCCAACCUUUUACAGUGAUAUGGUGGCCAAGUAUCAAACAAGAAUCCUCUCUGUGUCGCCGUUCGUUAAAUUCGCACCACCAUAUCUACUUAUGAAAGCUCGGGAGCAGGAAAGAAAGCUAGCUCACUUAAAGCGGUUGCGGGAUCAAGAUGUAAUUGAGGAGCGCCGCGCAGACAACGAAAAGUCUAAUCCAUCAAAGUUCCAGCUCAUUAAACCGGAAAUGGUUCUCGAGACGAGCCAUAACGCCCCUAGACAGAUUAGGGAAAUUCUUCAUGCUGUCCACGAUGCUGAAUACGACAGGGCUCUCUACAACUAUCAAACGCAAGCAAGACAAUGGGAAAACUACAUCAAGGGCAAUAUUGGGCUUUUCGAACCUUAUGCCCACCAGAACAUAGUUGUCCUACAUUCUGUCAUCUGUACUGAAACUAAGAUCCCGUGUUUAGAGCCGAAUCUGAUCGCACUUGGCUUUUACGAUGAGCAUGUCGAUAGAAGCAGUGGUAUGGAUCCUGAUUGUACUUUGGGACAAUACAUUGAAGAUAUCUGCUAUGGCGCCGACUCAACCUGCGAAUCGAAUGGAUGCGAUCGCAAAUUGUAUGAGCAUCACCGAACGUACGUUCAUGGCGAAGCACGAAUUACUAUAUUCAUUGAGCAAGAUACCAGAGACCGACGCCACGAAGACAGUAUCAUGAUGUGGAGCUACUGUAAGCAUUGCAAACGAGAAACCAGCGAAACGGAAAUGUCAAGAGGGGCAUGGAAGUAUUCAUUUGGAAAAUAUUUAGAACUAUCAUUUUGGAGUAGGGGUACCACUCUAGUCAAAGACGAGAAUCUAGGGGGCUGGGACUGUCCUCACGACCACCAUCGCGAUCAUAUACGACACUUUGGGUUGAACGGCAAGGUUGUACGCGUCCAUUACGAGCCAAUUGACCUCUUAGAAAUCAUUGUACCUCGAGCUAGGAUUACUUGGAAUGUUGGGCAUGAUCUCAACAUGAAAAACGAAAUAUUUCUAAAUGCUCAAGAGCGUUGGACGCGGUUCACGACAUCUGUCAAAUUACGACUAAAAGCCAUUAAUACCGAGAGUAUUAUCCCUGAAAAGGCCGAACAAUGCAAGGCAGAAAUGGACCGGUUGUGGAAAAAAAUACACGAUGAUCACACCUCGCUUAUUCGGAAGCUUCAGGAUAAAUAUAUGGAAUCUAAAUAUUACGAGGUAAUUCCAUUUAAUAUAGUUUUACGAGAGAUGCUCGUGAAGGUGGCCGAAUGGGAUGCCGCUUUUUCCAAGUUCGAAGCCGAUUUUCUUCCUUCUGACAAGGAUAUUCGAAAGCUAACUAUGAUUCACCUUCGUAAAAUGUUCACGGACGAAUCAAAGGAAUCUCUUAAUAGCAAUGAAGUCCAAAACGAAGCCACCGAUAACACAGAAGAAAAUACCCAGACGAGUACGCCGGAAAGCGACCCCAAGCAGGAUACUCAACAAUCAGAAGCUACUACUGAUGCUUCCCAGCUCGAUACAAUCCAAGAAAAAACCCCGCUAGAUGUACCGCCUCAGGAAGAAACUCUGGAGAGGAUUGAGCCACUGGAUCUUGCGACACCGAAAUCACCCGUACCCAGCAGUUCCUCCCCAAGCAAACAGGAUAAUAACGUCGAUAGUCAGGAAGUAUCAGUACCAAAUAUCACAGAUACAGUCUCAGCAUCAUCCCCCGAGGUUGCGCCACGGUUGGUAACAAGCACGGUACCGCCUAUGUCACUAGCUGAGCAAGUUGAACAACUUCGUCGACAACAGCAGUCGUUGGUUCCUGAAAGUACGAAGAACGAGCGGUUUGGGACCGCUGGAGGGCCUCAGGGGACGACGCCGGAGCGCAGCUCAUCCCGUAGGAUAGGAUCAAACGUUUCGCCACCUAUGGUACGCGCCAUAUCACACCCUGUGAAUAGCGUUCCGACCUUGCCCCGCCUACAUUCUGCAGUAGGUAAAAAGAUGUUUAGUACCAACAAGGACAAAGAUAAAGACAAGGGAUCUUUUCCGGAGGUGACAAGCGGAAGCGAAAUCAGGAAGGCUGCUAGCGAAUCCGCUAAAAGCGAGAAGAAGCUUUUUAGUAGUCUCCGGCCGCACCGCAAGGGUAACCAGUCGUCUAUCCCCCGUUUUAUUGGAAAGAAAGACUCUAGGGUGUCUACCAUUCGUAAGCAUUUCGAACAGCUCAGUCGUGAGUUCGAGAAAGAGCGUGAAAAAGAUCGUGAAAAACGAAAACUAAGAAUGUCUCAUUCGAGGCCUUUCCUCCAGCAUUCCACGACUAAAGCUAUAGUUGAGGUUUACGAAGACGUGGAUGAGGCCGUACUGGAACCAGGUCCUGCUGAGGAUGAGCAUGCAACCGCAUCGGGAUCAGUUGAUCCUAGAUCAAAGAAUCAAUUAGGAAUGCAAGACCAUCCGCAAGGAAAUGAGGCUGUCGAAGCGCCAGCAGAGGACAGACAAUCUCCAAAGGAUGACCAUCAACAUCGAGAUGAAAUUGCGACUGAAGGUGAAACUGACGACCAGGCGCACAACAAUAGUCCAGGACCCACAGAUGAUGAGCAAGGGGAAAGCGACACAGAGCAUUCGUUGAUCGAUGGUACAACGCUUGAACAAAUUGCCGAGUCGUUUGACUCCAGCGCGGAGAUUCCCACAGAACUUCCCAAGCAGGACAAGAAUAACUUCAUGAAGGUACUCACUAAUUUUUGGAAUGAGCGCUCAGCUAGCCUGUGGCCUGGGCUAGAUUACCCCCUAAAUGCAGCUGACCAUAUUUUCAUUGAUUCUGACAUCAUUGUCCGGGAAGAUGAGCCAAGCUCGCUCAUUGCGUUCGCCUUGAGCUCCGAGGAUUAUAAAGAGAAACUUCGCACAUUUUAUCGCAAGAAGGGUAGUGAGAGCGUUGCAGCCUCGGCGGGGACAGAUACAGAGGACGACGCACAUUCUGAGGUAUAUUCAAACAUAGAGGAAGAUAUCACCGAAAGUCAACUGGAAACUAAACUCGUCCAUACUACGAGUUCCCAUUACAAGUAUCAAUUUACCGAAGGAACGGCGAAAAUGCUGGUUAAAAUCUUCUAUGCCGAACAGUUCGACGCUUUACGACGGAAAUGCGGUGUCGCCGACCGCAUCAUCGAGUCUCUGUCCCGGUGUUUAAAAUGGGAUUCCAAAGGUGGCAAGACGAAAUCAGUUUUCUUGAAGACUCUAGACGACCGGUUGGUAAUGAAGUCUUUGUCGCCAGUGGAGACGGCUGCUUUUUUGAAGUUUGCACCAGCGUAUUUCGGUUUGAUGGCGGAGGCGCUUUUCCAUGAUCUCCCGUCAGUAAUUGCCAAGAUGCUAGGGUUCUUUCAAAUCACUAUCAAAAACCCGGUAACCAACACGGAGAUCAAACUGGACUUGCUUCUUAUGGAAAACUUAUUCUACGAUCGGGCUCCUUCGAGGAUCUUCGACUUGAAGGGUUCGAUGAGAAACCGAAAGAUCCAGGUGACUGGAGAGCGUAACGAAGUUCUUCUCGAUGAGAAUAUGGUGGAAUAUAUUUACGAAUCGCCGCUUUUCGCGAGGGAACACUCGAAGAAAACUUUGCGUGACUCAGUCUGGAACGAUACGCUAUUUUUAGCCCGACAGAACGUCAUGGAUUACUCUCUGAUGAUCGCCGUGGACGAGAUACAGAAAGAGUUGGUGGUAGGUAUCAUUGACUGCAUUCGAACGUACACAUGGGACAAGAAACUUGAAAGCUGGAUCAAGGACCGCGGCUUCGCGGGCGGCGGUCGUAAUAAACCAACCGUAACCAGCCCGAAGGAAUACAAGUCGAGAUUUAGAGAGGCUAUGGCCAGAUACAUUCUCGAAGCACCGGAUUGCUGGCACCAGCCCAGUGUGCCGCUCCUAGUAUCGAGACCCCACCGAGAGGAAGCGAAUGCUGCAAGAAGGGACGAAGAAGCAACGGAUGUAGGUGCAACAUAGGUAUUGCGUCUUCGUAGGCUUACUAUAGGAUGAUGAGCGGUAUUUUGUAUGAAUGGUAUAUAUGACGUUAACCAUGAAACGAGUUCACGAGGCGUUUUGCAAGAGAUAUGGUAUACGGAUGAGCAUGGGGCAACCUGACCUCCUCACUACGGGAAUAGCGAGACGCGGAUAAGCGAAAGCAGUUCGAGAUAAGAGCGCGGAAGGUCUCCCUUCAUCUUUUGAUAGCGAAUACCCAUUUUAGGUAGUAAUAGGCAUAACAGUCCAUGUCGUACCUAUAAUUAUAAUAACG